CCGGAAGGGAAAAUUAUGCCGAAUACUAUUUUUGUGGGUGGAAUAGAUAUAAGGAUGGAUGAGACAGAAAUUCGGAGCUUCUUUGCACGAUACGGCACUGUUAAAGAAGUGAAAAUAAUCACGGAUAGAACUGGUGUGUCCAAAGGAUACGGAUUUGUAUCAUUUUUGGACAACGUAGAUGUACAGAAAAUAGUAGAAUCACAAAUAAACUUUCAUGGGAAGAAACUUAAACUAGGACCUGCAAUACGGAAACACCCAAAUUUAUGUGCCUAUCAUGUGCCACCCAGACCAGUUCUUAUUAAUUCACCCACACCUCAGUUCCACAGUGUUUGGAGUAACCAAGAAACAUAUAUGCAGCCAACAGCUAUGAUGAGUCCUGUAACACAGUAUGUCCAGGCAUAUCCUUACGGUUCACCAGCUUUAUUAAUUCAGCAGCAAGUUCCUGUAGGAUACCAGCCAACUUACAAUUACCAGAUUCCACCACAAUGGCCUCCUGGAGAGCCAAGAAAUUACAUUGUGCCUCCGGCUUAUACCACCGUGAAUUACGGUGGUGAAAUGGAUGCAGGAGCUGACCAAGCGGAAUGUUCUAUGGCUGAGACUGCACAGUCCUGUGCAAACAGCCCCCAAAAGAAAUCUGUGGACCGAAGCAUACAGACGGUAGUUUCAUGUCUGUGUAAUCCAGACAACCGAUUGAGGAACAAUAUUGUAACUCAAGAGGACUAUCUUAAGCCUGGUUCCUCUUCAGCUGCACCUCCUCCACGCUCUGCCUCAACUGUGAGCGCUCCUCCAAAGCGUCCUGCUUCCACUGCUCCUCCUCAGCGCCAUUCGGCUGAAGGUGCUACUCCAGCGGAGACCCAGGUGCCGCCUUCUUCCCCAGCCAAGAAACGGGAGAAGCGCAAGCACACGGGUUCGGAUAAGCCUUCUGCUCAUAAAGUACCGAGGAAGGAGAAGGCAGAUAAGCCCAUUCGCAAAACCAAGAAACCCGAUUGCCCCAAACACCGGGGCUCGGGUUCGUCGGGCUUCUCAGUAACGUCUGCCGCCACGGUACCAACCCCUUUGUGA